AUUCUAUCUAUAUAAAGCGCGCUAGACAUGUCCACUGCAUUAGUUUGCCAAACGUACAUUCGACAACAAAUCUCACCAUGAACGCUUUGAUCGCUGCCACCUUCGCCAUCUUGGCUGUCUCCGCGUCCGCCGCCCCCUCAGGUCAUGGCCUCAUCUGGGGAGGCAUCAACCCACACGCUUUGAGCCCCAUUGGACCAUCUGGAAUCGUCACCGGACACGGAGCAUCUGGACCGUCCGGCGUGGUGACCGGAGCUGGUGCUGCCGGACCUUCUGGAAUAGUCACUGGUGCAGGACCCAUCGGACCCACUGGACCAGCUGGACAUGGCAUUGUAGCUGCUGCUCCUCUUAUCGCUGCCGCCCCAGUUGUGCAUGCCGCCCCAUGGGCAGCUGCUGCCUCUCUAGGCGCUAUUGGACACGGUGCGUGGGGUCUUGGUGGUCAUGGGCUUGGUUUAGGCGCUCAUGGUUGGUAAACUACUAGGGGAAGAUCUCUAAAAUAGGACUGUGUAAUAUAUGUUAGAAUUAUUGAAAAAAUAAAAAAAAAUCAUUACAA